AUCUCGAGGGAACACAAAUAUGAAUUUUAAUACGAAAGUAUAAUUAUUCCAGAAAAACAAAAAUAUCUUGAUCUUAAGCCCAGCACUAAUAAACACACUUCAGUCAAAAAGACAGAAAGUCAAAAAUCAAAUUAAACAAACUUCCGUUACUAUGGUGAUCUCAAAGUGACUUCAGAAUAUAAACAAUAAACAAAAGUCAUGAAAAAUAAACAAAAAUAUGUUAACAAAAAUAUAAACAAACAUGCAACAGGUGCCUCACAACCGCAAUGUUGCCAUGACAAACCCAAUAAAACGAGAAAAAGAAAAUUAUUCUUUAUUGAAGAAAAAUCAAAGAAAUAUUAAAAUAAUAUAAAUAUACAGCAAAUAUUUGCAACAAGCACAUAAAAAAUAAGAAGAAGAAAUAAGAGAGACUAAAAACGAUGGAUCGCAAGAAAAUGGAGAAGUAUCGCUCGCAAGCGAAAGAAAUGCAAAUCAGAUAUGCACCGUUACAGGGCAAAAAGGCGACAUUUCACGUCAAUAUGCCGCAAGUCAGCAGACGUACGAGCGCUUAUGACAAUAAAUCAGCACGUCAAACGGUCGCCAUGAAGACAGGCGCCUCACUCAUACCGGAUUUGAAUAAGCUAAUUAAUCGCGUGCGCAACUAUCCCGAUGACCGCUUCGUCUAUUUGACCUAUAUGCUCAGCAAAUCGAGCGAAUAUUUCACGCCCUACAGUUUAAUGGAAGUGGAAUACGCACAGCUACCGAAUAAACACCAAUAUUUCACGAUGAGUCGACAUGGUGUUACCUAUUGGCAUUUGUCGGAGAACUUUUUCACGCCACUCACACAAUGGCAACAGGAGUUCCAACAGUUCCUAAGCAUCAUUAAGAUACACAGUUUUGCCGUAUUUCGCGUGUGGAAGGGUUUCAAGGUCUGGGAGAAGACCGUGAAGUGGCGCAAACAGAAUGACGCACGCAACUACUUGCGAGAACAUCUCUUCAUCGCAAUACCACCACUAGCCAAGGCGAUUCUACAGUUUCGCGCAGAUAUAGUGCAACUGAAUAAGUUGUCAUUUCUUAAUAUGGCAGUUAUCGAAGAAUGGCAUCCAUUUUAUUUCUUGGAGACGCAAAUGCGUGUAUAUGAACGCAUGAAGUCGACGCUGCGCGAAUUUCACGAUCGUUCCAAAACGAUGUUAUUUGAAGCCUGCACCGCUGCUAUAGUACAGCGCGGUUUCUUUCCCACUGAUGAGAUCAAUUUCUUCCCAUCAAUUAAGAAAAUGAAGGAAGCCAUGAAUUUCACAGAUCGUGCAAAAAAGCGAAACUUUUGCAAAAUGCUUUCUAACUUCCUAAGCUAUUGCGAUAAUUUAAUGUACCACUUGUUGCACCAACUGACCGCAAGGAGUUUUCAUGCAUUAGUUGAAUCAAUGGCAGUACAUCACAAGAUCGCGCCGACUAUGGAAGAAUUGCAAGAAAAUCAAAGACUGGAUGAGCAAAUCGAAGCGCCGCGUCCGGAAAAUAUACCAACGAAUCCUUUCUUCAUAGCGGAACUUUAUAUGCUAACGGAUCGCAUUGAUGUGGAUCCCUCAGAAGAGGUACUGAAGCAUAUUUUCCAACGUAUCUCUUCGCUGAUAUUGGAGACAGUAUCCGAAAUGGAAAAUUACACAGAUGACAAGAUGUUUUAUCAAUAUACAGAACCUUCCAUCAUGGGUCGCCAGGAGGAGCGCUUAGCAAUGACCGCACCAGAUUUGAAUUUUCUCUUGCGUACCGACGUCCAAUUUCAAACCGAUCGCAAACUUAUAUUCGCCUAUAUACGCAACGCAUAUGAAAAGGCUAUGCUCUAUGCCGAACGUUUCGAAAAUAUACGCACUAAUUAUGAGAUCGAUAUGACUACAGAUCCGAAGUUACUUACAUCGGAGCGAGAUUUGGAUGCAUUACGGGCUUACUGUCAUCGUUACUGCAAUAAUGUACGCGCUUUGGAUGGCAUUUUAUCGGUUGUUAACUUGGGUCUAUUGAAAUUGACUCAAAGUAGCUUUAAGGAAACCGUUACCCCGAUCUGUCAUAGUCUGCAAAAUGUCCUUGCAACAUAUAUACCAAAACUAGCCGCCGACGAAGUGGAUCGUAUUACACAAGAGGCACACGAUGUCAUCAGUCUCAUACGCACCGAACCAGAAACUACAUUGGAGAUUGUCGAACAUAUACGCAUGCUGGAGCGUAUUGAUGAAGAUUUCAACAAACUCUUUCAAGAUAUUGACUAUGCUCAUGAUUUGUUCAUGAUCAUUAAAGAAUUCGAAAUACCAUGCGAAGAUGAGAGGCGCGAAGACUAUAUGGAUUGCGAAGAUUUGGUGAAUAGAGGUUUUGAAUCGCUGAAACAGACUCAAGCGAAGCGACCCGAGUUCAUAAAUCAGUUAAACGAACGCAUGCUAGCCGAUAUUGAGAUCUUGUAUGAGGAGAUACAUGAAAUAGCGCUUGCGGUGCAAGUUCCCGAAUUAUUAGAUUUGAAAACAGGCAGCAAAAAAGCGAGGGCCAUGUUAGAUGAUCUCUUAAAGAAACUUAGCGACUGUAAAGAACGUGCUGAAGAGUAUAUUGGUUAUCAAAAGGAGUUUAAGAUUGAUAUAUCGCAAUUUUUCGAAAUGGACAAUACAUUCCAAGAGAUCCGACUACGCACCAACUUAUGGCAAUCGCUGGACGAAUGGUUUACUGCUUUAGAUACUUGGGUUGAUACGGAGUUCAACAACUUGAAUGUGGAAGAAAUGAAUAAUUUGAAUAUGAAAAUACUUAAAAACUGUUUGCAAUUCGAAAAAUAUCUACCACCAAAUAAUAUAGUGCCAAAGAUGAAAGACUCUGCCGAAGAGUUCAGACUGAAGUUGCCAGUUAUUGGUUUCCUACGAAACCCCAAUUUCAAGGCGCGACACUGGACCGAGAUAGAGGCGGCACUGAAUAUACGCGUCUUUCAAGAAGAGGGCAUACGUAUAUCCACCUAUGAGGCGGCUGGUGCAUUCGAACCAGAUAAGGCCGCUAUACUGAUGGAAAUUUCAGCACAAGCUACCGGCGAGUCACAGCUCGAAGCAAUGCUGAGGAAUAUUGAAAAUAUAUGGAAGGAAACGGAAUUGGCGAUUGUCAGUCAUCACGAUCAAAAGGAUGUAUUUAUACUGGCCGGCACAGAGGAAUUGCAAGUAAUCUUAGAUGACUCGACUGUAAACAUCAAUACAAUAGCUGCUUCGAAGUUUGUGGGGCCGAUAAAAUCCAAAAUCGAAGAGUGGAUCGAACUGAUGGAAUUGUUCAAUGAGAUGUUGGAGGUCUGGAUGAACUGUCAAACAACAUGGAUAUAUUUGGAGGCGAUAUUCUCAUCCCCCGACAUACAACGUCAGUUGCCACAGGAGGCGAAAAUGUUUUUCACUGUCGACAAAAGCUUCAAAACAAUUAUGCGUACUGCGAAGAAGGUUGCUCUAGCGCUGCCGGUUAUGACCGAUCGUGAUACCUUCGACGAAAUUAAUGAAAAUAAUCGCUUGCUGGACUUGAUUAGUCGCGGUCUGGAGGCAUAUCUCGAAGUGAAGCGUGUGGUGUUCCCAAGGUUCUAUUUCUUAUCCAAUGAUGAGCUACUCGAGAUUUUAGCUCAGACACGUGUGCCCCAAGCUGUACAGCCGCACUUGCGCAAAUGCUUCGACGCCAUCUAUCGGCUGGAGUUUGGUCAGAAGGAGAGCGGUGAUGGCGGUAAAAUGAUACCGACAAACGAUAUAAUUGCCUUCAUUUCGCCCGAAGGCGAAAAACUGCUCUUUGGUAAAGGGCUCAAAGCACGUGGUGCUGUCGAAGAGUGGCUCAGCAAAGUCGAGGAGGCAAUGUUUAUUGCUGUCAAGCGUUAUAUGCGUUUCGGCUAUCAAUGUUAUCCGGCUAAAGAGCGCGAUGAAUGGUUUCAGGACCAUCCCAAUCAGGUGGUGCUAACAAUAUCGCAACAACAGUGGGCCGCCGAUGUUCAUUUUAUUUUGGAUAAUCCAAGAACCGAUCCAUCCACCAAGAUUAAAAAAAUGAAAGAAUUUGAAAAGAAAUGUUUCAAAAAUUUAGCUGCCUUAGCGGCUCUAACCCGUAAGGAUAUAACUUCAUUGUUGCGUAAAGUGCUUUGUGCGCUCAUCACAAUCGAUGUGCAUGCUAAGGAUUCGGUAACACUUUUGAUAGAUAAGGAGGUGACGAAGAAUACUGAUUUCAACUGGCUAAAGAUGUUACGCUUCUACUGGAGCAUCGACACAGACAGCGUCUACACACGCAUGGCAUCAGCCAAUAUACCUUACUACUAUGAAUACUUAGGUGCCGGUGGUGUACUGGUAUUGACACCACUCACAGAUCGCUGUUACCUCUGUUUGAUGGGCGCUUUACAAAUGGACUUGGGUGGCGCACCAGCGGGUCCAGCCGGUACGGGUAAAACGGAGACAACCAAGGAUUUAGCCAAAUCCGUGGCCAAGCAAUGUGUCGUCUUCAAUUGCUCCGAGGGCCUGGACUACAAAAUGAUGGGACGCUUCUUCUCUGGUUUGGCGCAAUGUGGCGCUUGGUGUUGCUUUGACGAAUUCAAUCGUAUCGAUAUUGAAGUGUUGUCUGUGAUUGCACAGCAGCUGAUUACUAUACGAAAUGCCAAAGUAAUAAAUGCUAAACGCUUCAUCUUUGAGGGACGCGAGAUCAAACUGAACAAAUCUUGCGCUGUCUUCAUCACCAUGAAUCCGGGUUAUGCCGGACGUACAGAAUUACCUGAUAAUCUAAAAGCACUCUUCCGUCCCAUGUCUAUGAUGGUGCCGGAUUAUGCACUUAUCUCUGAGGUUAUUUUAUACUCAGAGGGUUUUGAAUAUCCGAAAAUACUCGCACACAAAAUGGUACAGAUGUACAAGUUGUGCAGUGAACAGCUCAGUCAGCAGAAUCACUACGAUUUCGGUAUGCGUGCUGUUAAGUCUGUGCUGGUCAUGGCGGGUGCUUUGAAACGUGCUGCGCCCGAUCAACGUGAAGACAUAACACUCAUCGCCGCUUUGCGUGACUCUAAUAUACCAAAGUUUUUGGCUGAGGAUGCUGGACUCUUUCGUGGUAUACUUAGUGAUUUGUUUCCGGGUGUGGAAUUGCCCGAUUCAUCACAUCCAGAUUUGGAAGAAGGUAUGAUUGAAGGACUAAAAUUGAAGAAUCUACAACCCGUGGCAAUCACGCUGCGUAAAGGUAUACAGUUAUACGAGACAAUGUGUGUACGUUGGGGUGUCAUGUUGGUCGGGCCAACAGGUGGCGGCAAAACGACAGUGCUGCACAAUCUGGCAUUUGCAUUUAAUUAUUUGUAUGAGAAUGAAGUACCAGGUCCGAACUUUAAACCCGUCUCUAUGCAAACAAUGAAUCCGAAAGCGGUACAUAUUAAUGAGCUCUAUGGUUACGUGGACUCAAAGACGCUAGAAUGGCAAGAUGGUUUAUUGGGUUUGGCUGUGCGUACAGCAGUGAAUUGUGAAGAGGAACUACAUCAAUGGAUCAUAUGCGAUGGUCCCGUCGACGCUGUAUGGAUUGAAAAUUUGAAUACUGUACUGGACGAUAAUAAAAUGCUGUGUCUAGCAAACUCCGAACGUAUCAAGUUAACCGCUUGGGUACAUAUGGUUUUCGAAGUACAAGAUUUGGCACAAGCCUCGCCUGCCACGGUCUCACGCUGUGGCAUGGUUUAUGUGGAUCCCGAUGAUUUGGGCUGGCUGCCCUUAGUCGAUUCGUGGAAAGCAAGCGAAAUCGCGAGUAAACUGACCUCUGAACAAAUGGAAUUCCUCUACUCGCUCUUCAUCAAGUAUUUCAACAAGAAAUUAAAGUGGGCCAACAAAUACGGCACAUACAUGAUACAUCAGGUGACAAGCGCCAAGGUGUGUUUACUCUGUGAACUCUUGGCUUCGUUGAUCGAGCAGAAAAAGUGGAUCAAUAGCACAGAGGAUGAGUAUAAACCACUGUUGAGUAAAAUGUUUGGUUGGGGUGUCUUAUGGUCUGUCGCUUCAAAUUUCAAAGACGCCGAGAAGGAUGGUUUCGAACGUAAGAUCAGAGAAAUUGUGGCAGAUGAUGCGAACUUUGACUUUCCUCCCGGCACACUCUGGGAUUACUAUAUCAAUAUGGAGACUAAGCGGUGGGAAAACUGGAAUGCCAUAAUUGAUCAAUUUAUUUUUGAUCCUGAAAUGAAAUAUUUCGACAUGCAAGUACCGACUGUAGAUACGACCAAGUAUGGCUACGUAUCAGAAUUGCUUUUUAAUCGAAGAUUCCCCGUUAUGUUUACCGGAGACACCGGUGUUGGCAAAUCAGUUCUAGCCACCUCAGUACUAAAGAAAUUAUCAAAGGGCAACGUCGUACCAGUGCUACUGAAUUUCUCGGCACAAACAGGUAGCUCGCGUACCCAAGAAAUGGUCGAGGCUCAAUUAGAAAAACGAAAGCGUACACAACUCAGUGCUCCAUUCGGUAAAAUGGUGAUCGUGUUCAUAGACGAUGUGAAUAUGCCGCGGUUGGAUACAUACGGCAGUCAACCGGCGAUUGAGCUCUUGAGACAAUUUUUGGAUUUCAAGGGAUUAUAUGAUCGUGAGAAGCUCUUUUGGAAAGAGAUUUUAGAUGUGGUUCUCGGUUGUGCCUGCGCACCACCAGGGGGUGGACGAAAUCCACUAACGCCACGUUAUGUAAGACACUUCGCGCUGUUCUCACUACCUAAACCGAAUAAUGACACCUUGACGACUAUAUUCGCUGGAAUACUAACAGGUUUCCUCGACACCUUCUCAUCGGUCAUACGCCCACUCUCCAUACCCAUAGUCAACGCUUGCGUCGAUGUUUACUCGAGAAUUGCCAACGAGAUGUUACCAACCCCAGAUAAAUCUCAUUAUAUAUUUAAUUUGAGAGAUUUAUCGAAAUGCGUACAGGGCAUACUACAAGCAAGCAACACGCAUUACAAUCAAGAAAUACAAAUUUUGCGUCUCUUCUUUCAUGAGACAACGCGUGUAUUCCACGAUCGUUUGAUCAACGAUGAGGAUAAAGGCAUAUUUAAUAAUAUCAUGCAUGAAGUAUGUUUGAAGCAUUUCAAUCGGGAAGUUAUGAAAAAGGAAGAACCACCCAUACUCUUUGGUGAUUUCAUGGUAUUUGGUAAACCGAAAAACGAACGCAUAUAUGAAGAGAUCAGUGAUCAUAAGAAGUUGGAGAGCAUACUCAACGACUACAUUGAGGAUUACAACUCGAUGACGGGUAAGAGUAUGCGUCUCAUACUCUUUCAAGAUGCUUUGGAGCACACUGUGCGUUUGGCGCGUUUGCUGCGUAGUGAUCGUGGUUAUGGUUUGUUGGUGGGUGUGGCUGGUAUGGGUAAGCAAUCGUUGACACGACUUGCCGCACACGUUAACGAGUACAAAUGUUUGCAAAUCGAAUUGAAGCGAAACUAUGAUAUAAAUGGCUUUCAUGAGGAUCUGAGAAUUAUCUAUCGUUUUGCAGGGAUUGAAAACAACCCGGUGGUCUUCUUAAUGAUCGAUACACAAAUUGUGGAAGAAGAAUUCUUAGAAGACAUAAACAAUAUGCUUAACUCGGGUGAAGUGCCGAAUCUCUUUGAAGGUGACGACUAUGAGAAAGUUAUCUUAGAUGCACGAGAAGCUUGUAAUGCCGCAACGUCUGGGGGUUGUAGUCGUGACGAAAUCUAUAAGUUCUUCAUCAAUCGUGUACGCAAUAAUUUACAUGUCGUGCUCUCUAUGAGUCCAGUCGGUGAUGCUUUUCGUCGUCGUUGUCGCAUGUUUCCAUCUUUGGUGAACUGUACCACCAUUGAUUGGUUCUCAAAUUGGCCUACAGAGGCCUUAUACUCGGUGGCUUUGGGCGUACUACAAGAUAUUGCGCGUGACAAGAAGGAUCGUGUAGCCUUGGCAAGCACUACGGUGUUUAUGCAUAAGACUGUUGAAGAAGCAUCCGUACGUUUUUACAAGGAAAUGAAGCGACAUUACUACACCACCCCGAGCAGUUAUUUGGAACUGUUGAAGCUGUAUCAAAACUUACUGAAAGUUAAAUCCGAUGAGAUAAUCGCUAAACGAAAGCGUAUUGCCAAUGGCUUGAAUAAAAUUUUGGCGACCAAUGAUAUUAUCGCAGUUAUGCAAAAAGAGCUCGAAGUAAUGGUGCCACAAUUGGACGAGAAGUCUGCUAUCAUGAAACAAUUGGUUGAUCGCCUAAACUUUGACACGAAACAAGCGGAUCAAGUGAAGGAGGGCGUUAUGCGUGAUGAGAAUGUGGCCAAAGAGAAAGCUGCCGUUUGCAAAGUGAUCUCAGAUGAUGCUAAUAAAGAUUUGGAAAUUGCGAUGCCAGCGCUGCGCGACGCCGACGAAGCAUUAAAGAACUUGACAAAGGCAGAUAUCAAUGAAUUAAAGUCCUUUACCACACCACCUGCACUGGUACAGUUCACCAUGGAGGCCGUGUGUAUUUUAUUGGGCUCCAAAACCGACUGGGCUUCCGCUAAGCGUAUCAUGGCUGAUGUGAAUUUCUUGAAGCGACUCUUUGAAUAUGAUAAGGAGCACAUUAAAGAAGACGUGCUUAAGAAACUAAAGAAAUAUAUUGAGCACAAAGACUUUCUGCCUGCGAAAUUGGAAAAGGUCAGCAAAGUCGCUUCGUCGGUUUGUAUGUGGGUGCUCGCUAUGGAUAAAUUCUCUAAAGUCUACAAAGUGGUCGAGCCGAAAUUGAAACGCAAAGAAGCGGCGGAUGCUGAGCUCAAAGCCAUCAUGACCAUACUAAAGCAGAAACAGAAGGAAUUAGCCGCUGUUGAGGCUAAAAUACAAGCGCUACAAGAAGACUUGGAAGAGAAAAAUCGUGAAUUCAAAAUUAUACAAGAUGCUGUCGAUUUGACUUAUGGACGUAUAAAUCGCGCCGGACGUCUGACGUCUGCGCUGUCUGAAGAGGAAAUACGCUGGAAGGAAACUGUGAAGACCCUAACACAAGAUCUACAAUGCGUACCGGGUGAUGUGUUGGUCUCAGCGGCUUGUGUUGCCUAUCUUGGCGCCUUUUCGACGGAGUAUCGUGACGAAAUGUGUGAACAAUGGGUUGCCAAAUGUCAGGAACAACAAAUACCUUCGAGUGGGGAAUUCUUCUUACUUAAAGUGCUCGGCGAUCCAUACGAAAUGCGUCAGUGGACCAUGGAUGGCUUACCCAAAGAUACGGUUUCAAUUGAGAAUGGUCUCUAUGCCACGCGUGCCCUGCGCUGGCCACUUAUGAUCGAUCCACAAGAGCAGGCCAAUCGUUGGAUUCGCAAUAUGGAGAAGGCGAACGGUCUUAUAGUUUGCAAAAUGACAGACGGCACUUUAUUGCGUACUUUGGAAAAUGCUGUGCGUCAAGGAUUUCCGGUGUUACUUGAAGAUAUCGAUGAAAACAUUGAUCCAUCGAUUCGUCCGAUACUACAACGCGAGACUUAUGUGCAUGAAGGACGUGUCUACUUGAAGUUGGGCGAUGUAGUCAUCGACUACGAUCCACAUUUCAAGCUUUACAUGACCACAAAAUUAGCGAACCCUCAUUAUUUACCCGAGAUUUGUAUUAAUGUUACAUUGGUCAACUUCUUGGUGACAGAAAGUGGACUGGAGGAUCAACUGCUGGCCGACAUCGUGGCCAUUGAACUACCGGCAAUGGAAAUUCAACGUAACGAUCUUAUUGUCAAAAUCAACACAGACAAACAGCAAUUAUUGGCUUUGGAGGAUAAAGUACUCAAAUUGCUCUACAACUCACAAGGAAAUAUUUUGGAUGACGAGGAGCUUGUCGAAACCCUCAAUGAUGCCAAGGAAACUUCGCUGAUUAUUGCCACACGUCUCAUUGACACCGAAGAAACGGAGAAAGUCAUAACGGCCACACGUGAAAAGUACCGUUCACUAGCUUCACGCGGAGCUAUACUUUAUUUUGUUGUAGCCGGUUUGGCUGAUGUGGAUCCCAUGUAUCAGUACAGCUUGAAGUACUUUUCACAAGUAUUCUGUAAUGUCAUACGUCAAGAACAUCCGAAGCAAACAAUCGAGGAGCGCAUAACUCAAUUAAAACUCGAUGAGUUGAAGGCGAUUUUCGAAAAUGUUUCACGUGGUCUAUUUGAAAACCACAAGAUUAUAUUUAGUUUUCUAUUAGCGACAGCAAUUGAAAAGCAAGAGGGUCGCAUUACUCAAAUCGAUAUGAAUUUUCUGACACGCGGUCGUGUGGGCGCCGUACCGUAUAAGGAAAAGCCAGUCGAUAUUUUCCUAACAGACGAAGAUUGGGAAACUUGUCUGUUUCUGGAAGAAGAGUUGCCAGAGUAUUUUAAAGGCUUUCCUGCAGCGUUAAAUAAACCAUUCUUUCUAGAGAUACAAAAUACCAGAGAGACUUUCAACUUUACCACCUCAAAAGAACAACCUGUCGAUAAGUGGAACAAACGUUUGACUAUAUUUCACAAGCUCAUGUUUAUAAGAGUCUUUCGACGCGAACGUUUUCUGCUACACGUUGUGCUAUAUUUAACGGCCACGGUUGGUAAAUACUUUACGGAAACUUCUGCAGCAGGCAGUCAAUUGAAAACAGUUUUUGGCGAUACCAACAGCAUCACACCUAUGGUGUUCGUGCUCUCCACGGGCUCAGAUCCAAUGGCUGGCUUUCUAAAAUUUGCCGAUGAAAUGAAGUACAUGGAUAAAUUCUAUUCAAUCUCGCUGGGACAAGGACAGGGACCCAUUGCCGAGAGUUUGAUUGAGAAAAGCUUGCGCCUCGGACAUUGGGUAUUCUUACAGAACUGUCAUUUGGCUACAUCCUGGAUGCGUCAGAUGGAAACUAUUGUGCGCAAUAUCACGUUGGGCAUAAGCAAGGCGCACGACGACUUCCGUUUAUUCCUUUCAUCCAUGCCAACAAGGAACUUCCCCAUCAGCGUACUACAAAACUCAGUGAAGUUAACGAAUGAGCCACCCAAGGGAAUUAAAGCCAAUGUUUUGGGUGCACUCAAUGACUUGGAAAGACCUUUCUUCGAAAAGCAUGCAUUGCAUGAGAAGUGGCGUGCUAUUGUCUUCGGCCUUUGUAUGUUUCAUGCGGUCAUAUUGGAGCGUCGCAAAUUUGGUCCACUCGGCUGGAAUAUUAUGUAUGAAUUCAAUGAAAGUGAUCGUGAUUGUGGUCUCAAAACUUUGGAAUUCUUUAUUAAUCGCACGAAAGUUGAGGACAUUCCGUGGGACGCAAUAUUCUAUAUUAAUGGUGAGAUCACUUGGGGUGGACGUGUGACCGACUAUUGGGAUCAACGUUGCUUGAAAACGGUGUUGAAAACAUUUUCGUCACCAAGAAUUAUCGAACCAGGCUAUAAGUACUCGCGUGGUGAUCCCUACUAUUGCGAUCCACAACGUUUUACCGUCAAUGAAUAUAUACAUUAUGUACAGAAUUUCCCGACUAUUGAGGAUCCGGAGAUCUUUGGCAUGAAUCAAAAUGCAAAUAUUGUUUUUCAAACGAAGGAAACGAACUUCUUUAUUACAACGCUGUUGUUGGGACAACCACGCGCAGCGGCAGAUGAAGGACAAGCGGAGGAAAACGAGACGGCACUCGAUGUCAUUGAUUAUAUACAAGGUGUGCUGCUAACGAAGAUAAAGCGUGAUGAGCUGCACGAUUCGCUGACAGUUUUAGACGCCAAAGGACAACAACCCUCCCUAACCACCGUUUUAGUGCAAGAGAUCGAUCGUUAUAAUAUAAGCUUGAAAAUAGUUCACGACAGUCUGAUAAAUCUUGCUAAAGCGAUUAAAGGUCUCGUCGUGAUGUCUGAACAAUUGGAGGAAGUCUUCAAAGCUUUGCUCACCAAUGUAGUGCCCAAUCUAUGGGCUAAGAAAAGCUUUCUUUCCAUCAAGCCACUACCAAAUUACAUCGCAGAUUUUCAAAGACGCAUUGAAUUCAUACAAAACUGGGCACGUAAUGGUGGACCACGUUCCUAUUGGAUUAGCGGUUUUUAUUUUCCACAAUCAUUUCUCACCGGCUUACUACAGACGCAUGCGCGUAAGCGUGUGCUACCCAUUGAUUCGCUGAAAAUCGAUUUUAAAGUCUACGAUUGGGUCAUCAUACAACAGGCGGUUUUCGAACGGCGCGUUAGCGGAAAAGAUUUCGAAGGACUUUACGGCCCUCUACCCGAAUCGAGUGAAGCUGGCAUCAAUGUGCACGGCAUAUUUAUUGAGGCAGCACGUUGGGAAUCGCAAAAGGGUGGACUCUGGGAUGCGAGUCAUGGCGAACUCUUUAGUCGUUUACCGGUUGUACGUUUUAUACCCUGCUUAUCGCUAGUACCUGGUGAUCGUUAUGACGCGCCACUCUAUAAGACCCAAGCUCGCUCUGGUGUGCUCUCAACUACAGGACAUUCUACCAACUUCAUACUCUCGAUUUUGUUGGAGAGCCGCAGUCCACCUGAUUUUUGGAUUUUACGCGGUACCGCGUUAGUUUCUGGUGUUGCUGAUAAUAUUUCAUAAAUCAUGGAUAUAUUUUAUGUUGACUUUUGUAUGAUAUGAAUACUUUAAUAAAAAAUAAAUAA